CUGAAAAGCGAGUGGUGGUUAUUGUCAAACUGUGCUUGCGUUGAUUUAAGUCAUUUGUUCUUAACAAUAUAAAUUGAUCGUUCAUGAUAUAGUCACUCAAGUAUUAGAUGAGCAUGCAGAACAAUGUCAACCGGAAAACGUCUGGCAAAGCGUUCUAUCUUAGGGACAAGAGUAUGCGCGCAGUUUGAGGACGGACGUUAUUAUCCUGGCGUUAUUCAAGCCACCAAAACGGGUGAAAACAGCCAAGAAAAUAUUUAUUGUGUUCAAUUUGAGGACAAAAAUGUCCGAGAGUUUAUGUUACAUGAACUAAUAGGCCCAGGAUUCCAAAGUGUUCACCGUGUGAAAUUGAAAAAUGGACAGAGAGUUUACGUAACUUACCAAGGCCGAGAAGUUGCAGGAAUCGUUGACCAUCAUAGACCCAACUUAGAUCAGGUAUUCAUUACAGUGGAACCCUCCUCCCACAAUCCACAUGUUACAAAGUCUGUAGUUCUCAAAAAGAAGUUAGAAGAAGUUCGUUUGGUAGAAAGUCGGAAAUCUGCGCGUCUACAAGAUUCAGAUACUGAUUAUUCGAGACUUGCUGAAGGUCAGUCUGAAACUAAGAGACGACCCCCAUCCCUUACCAUUGACGUUCCGCCCUUACAGAUGCAUAGCAUAAACACAUCGUUUCGUUUUCCUAGCGGACGAAAAAGACGACCAAGUUCUGCAGACGACACUGACAUCAUGAAUGAUUGUUCCGCUGCCAUGGUGCUAAUGAGUUUAUCUUGCAGUCCGAAGUCCCCUCGUCAUCCGAACUCAGGCCCAUAUGGUUACUCCUGGACAAGUAGCAAUAGCUCGGGUUUUCAGGGCUGGGACAGCUCUUCUUCUGACACCAGAACAACUACACCCUCUCCUCCUAGCCCUUCUCUUUCCAUGGAAACUGUCGCCGCACAGAAUAAUGUUUCCUCACCAGGCCAGGUGUCAGAUGAGGGUAUUGAAAUGGACGAGACAGUAGUUUUUAUGGAAGAGCCCCUUUCAAGCAAACGUAAGAUACGAAUUUUGUUCCAGUGCACCUGGCCAGGCUGUGGCAGGCAGUAUUAUCGUUGUGAAGAUGUGGAAAAGCAUGUACGCAUGCGCCAUUUACGGCAUUCUACAACUCAACCUUCAGACAGCUGCGAUGAACACGAGGAGGAAUUUUAUUACACAGAGAUUGAAUUAGAUGAUCAGCAGUCACCUCCUGCUAGCCCAGAGGACAACACUGAAAAUGUUCCCUUAUCUCCAGGAUUGACCAACAUCUAUACUUCGUCUGCACCAACACUUAGUCAUCUUGAUAUGGUGAAGCCUCCACAUGAAAAUCCAGAGUACAGAGACCCUCAAAACAAAAAGCUUAUCUUGGACAGCAGAGUAUCCCAAUCAAAACCUGUCAGUAUCCCCAAGUUUCAACCCAUCAUCCACUGGCAACCUCAUGCAGUCAGCGCCCUCAGUGAUAUGGUUUUGUCACCAAAGUAUGUGAGGCUGAGUCCCAAGUCUGUCUCACCACCUACAAAGAUUUCUUCUGUGCAUAGGAGAGGUCGAUCUGAAAUACGCAAGUGUAGAAAGGUUUAUGGAAUGGAAAACAGAGAACUUUGGUGUACACAGUGUCGGUGGAAAAAAGCUUGCACUCGAUUUGUUACUGAAGCUUUAACUGAUUAGUUGUUGAAAAUAAAUUCACUUACACAUCAGAAACAUUUAAAAGAAAGUUUCAAGCUGUUGCAAAUGAAUUAAAGAAAACGUUUUAGUGAAAAGAAUUGCAGCACUAACAAAAGUAUCUAAGGAUGCACGAGAUAGUUAAUCUCGUAGGUAACGUCUGUUAACUUUAUUGCUCAUAACAAAUUAUGAACGAUGGUUUAAAGUUGUUUUUUUGUCACAACUUCCAAGUGAAAAGUUUAAGGUAAUGUUUAGACUACAGAUAUCUACAUUCCUAUAAAUUAAUUUUAUAUUUGUAAAGCUACAGAAAUUUAAUGUUUACAAGGGUAUAUACAUGUAUACACACAAAUAUAUUAAAUAUUAAUUGUUAUUGGUAUAGUGACUUUUAAAUGAUUUAACUAUAUUUACUUUUCAUAGCAAAUUUUAUUGUACUUUAGAUUAAUGUAUGUUAGCUCAAAGAUGAAAGAAGAGAUAUUAAUAGAACAUUUUAAUGUUUACUAAGAGACUUAAGUUACAACAGAAAGAAUUAAGAACUUGUUUCACUGUACGCCAGUUGCAUGUAAUGAUGAUGACUAGCUUCCAGUAUGUCACACAAAAACACACUUUAAUGUAUUCCAUAAACAAAUUUACAUUGUGAAAGAUAUGAAAUCUAAAUAUUGCUUUGAUUUCAUUUGUGUAUUUAAAUUAUUGGGAUUAAUACAUUUUCAGAAUUUACCAAUGUGAUGUGGAAAGAGAGGGUAUUGGUGUCUAAAAUUUGUUUGUAUUUUACAUGAAUUAUCUAUUGAUUGCUAUUGUUAAUGAAAGAUAAAGUAAUUGAAAAUAGAAAAAAAUCACCUGCCUGUAUUUUCUUGUUACUGCCAUUCAGCAUUUUGAUAGGAUUUUCGUUAUUUCGAGAAAAUUAUCUUUAUACGUUUUGUUUUUGCUCAAUAAAUUGAUUAGUUAUUAGAAAAUAUUUCGAGGCAUAUUGUGUGAAUAAAGAUAAGAGUACUGUAGGGAAACUUAAUCAAGCAAAAUCCAACAGUCUAUCUUCUGUCAAAGUGUGUUUAGACAUUACUUGUGGCAUAAUGAGGAUUUCACUGGCUUCCAUUUCUGUAGGUGGAUUUCUAGUGGCAUAUUGGACUCCAUCCAUAUUUCGCUAAUGAAGAGUGAUGCCUGUAAAGUUUAAGAUACAAAUCAAUGCCUUGUUAAAAAGAAAAAAGUACAAACUUUUCAUGAAAUACACAGAAGUGCCAUAGGCAGCAGUAAAAAAAAAGACUUUAAUUAAAACCUACAGCUCCAUCAUUGUUUACUACUAAGAUAUUGUAUUUUUUGUAUGUUAUUGUUAACAAACUUGUGUAAAUUGUACAGGUUUGUCUUUGCUCAACAAAAUUAUUUACACAUAUACGGUUGAUUUAUUCACAUGCCAUGGUUUAUUGGGAUUACAAUAAAAGUUAUAAUUUCCUAGCUUAUUUAUUAUUAAGGUAUCGUAAAUGAUAAUUUUUUAUACCAUACAAACAUGUAUGUGUGUGUUUUAUUCUUUAGUUUCUAUGUUCGUUUGUAAUUUACGGAGGAUAUCAAUCAACUUUCAAGAUACUGUUGUAUAUUUGUAUUCCUCACAUCAACUGUUACUUCUUUUUCAUACCCAGCUAAUUUUGUAUAAUAACCAUAUAAA